CUGGCCCUGGUGGCUGAAUUAUAAUAUUAAACAAUAUGCUUACACGUUGUUUGGCUCUCUUUUCACCGAUUACGACUUGGGAUGGGAUAAUAAUAGCAACGAGGAUGAUCCAUUACCAAAAUAUCUUCCACCGACGCUAGGUUCUGGAGAUUACGAGGUGAAACCAAAAAAUCAUAGAAGAACGAAUAUAGAUUUGGAACGCUCAAGAAAAGGCCUACCGGCACGAUAUAAGAAAUAA